AUGAAGCAUGGGAUUCGACACGAAGUCAUCGAGCAGAAGGUAAGAUUUAUGAAUGAUCCAAGGUUAAAAUGGAUGGUAGUGGUAUCGAAAGUGAAAGCCCACGAACAGUUCAGAAACUAUUCCUUAGAAAAGUUGCUAGGGAUCUUGAAGUCACACGAAAGUGAAGUUACUAAAGAAACUAAAGUUGUGUCAGGCAUGGGUUCAUUGGCUAUGGUUGCAAAGAGAAACAAAGUUAAUGAGGAUGAUUUUGAGUCUAACCUUUCUGACUGCGAACUCAGAAAUGAAGACUAUAGUUCAGAAAAGGUGAAAGAGGAUAAAGUCAACAACUUCCAGAAAGAAGAAGAUAAAAAAGAGAAGAAGGUUGCAGGUGAUUCGCGAUAUGAUUGCAACUACUGUCACGGUAAGAAUCAUUUAGCAAAAGAUUGCAUGCUAAGAAGAACGAACGAGAAGGAGGAGGGAGAGGAUGAUGAGGCGUAUCAUCUUCGCAAGCUUGAGGAAAUCAAGCAAAAAAAGAAAGAUGAUAAUGUUAUGCCUGUUCUGGUUGUGCAUGAAAAUAAUGAUGAAAACGAGUGUGGUGGAGUGGAAGUAUGGUCCACUGAUUCCAAAGAUGAAGAAGUCAGAAAACCCACUCAUGGAAAGAGCUUGGUGGCAAAAAGAGAGCCGCAUGAAGAUGAAAUUGAUGCUAAUUGUUUUCAAUGUGAAUCUAUCGUUUCAUCAGAUGAAACUUCUGAAGCCUAUAAAAUUAGACUAGACAAAACUGAAUCAUACAUUAAGUCCAAGGAUCACAUGGACACGUUGAGACAAUUACAUGAUGAAAAUGACAAAUUAAAAAUCAAAACUGAGAAUGUACAAAAAUUUGAUUCGUUGAAAGAUGAGGUUGAUUGUUCGCAAUUCCUUCAAGAGGAAAAUGAAAAGGCGAAAGUUCUCAUUUCAGAAAAUUCAGUUGAAUUCGCUCGUAUUUCUCAAAAUGAACCAAAAACAUUAAAAGUGAAAGCAACUGUUUUCCCUAUGGUCCAAACUGUUCCCAAUCAAGUGUUUGCCACAGGAGGACUAGACAAAAAUAAAACAUUUGAACUUACGUCGCUCGUUAAUGAAAAAUACAAAGAUGGUUGUGCUGAAUUCUUUUGGUCUGCACCAAUAGGCAAUGCAGAUGAAACGAAGGGUUUGUCUGAAAGAACCUCUUGGAAAGUUAAAGGAAGAUAUGUAGCAGAACUACUAGACAAUCUUUUGGAUUUUAAAAAGGGUAGCCCAAGUGGCACCAAGGAAGUUCAAAGCGAAACCAAACCUCAGUCGGCAAAGAACAAACCUCAUGUGAAGAAAGCGAAACCUCAAGUGAAUAUUCACAAGUCAGCUGAACAACUUGCUGAGCAAAAACGUUUGAGGAAUCAGAGAUAUCAGAAUAAUCUCAGUGAGAGGAAGAAUUUUUGGCAAUCUCAAAAUUCCAAUUACCUUCGCAGAGAAAAAUCUUCAAAUCAGAGUACGAAAGCUCUUUCGCAAUUAAUUCAUGAUGAUAAGUUUGACACUGAAUGGUAUAUUGACAGUGGAUGUUCAUGUCACAUGACGGGAAGAAAUGAGGAGCUAAGAGAAUAUAGAGAACUGAAGGAUGGAGGUGUUGUGAAGUUCGAUAAUAAUGCACUUGGAGAAAUCAAAGGUUACGACAUGAUUACUAAUGGCAAAUUCUCGAUUCGUAAAGUGGCGUAUGUGGAAGGACUACAACACAACUUGAUAAGUGUUUCAGAGUUGGUUGUUGUUACAAGAUUGAAGGUCUCGUUUGAUGAUGAAGGAUCAUAA